GAUACAACAAAAUGUCCAAUCACCACCACCGCUAGCAAUCUCGCUCUUAUCAUCAUAAUUUCUACUUCUAUUAUUUCCAUUAUAUAUUAUGGUACCUCAUCACCAUCACUAUGUUCUUUUUAACAUCCUUUUUUCUUCUUUCAAGCCUUCUAAUGAGAAAGUGUCACUAUUCUCUUACCAUAUUUCUCGUUCGACGCGAUUUCUUCCUUUCCAAAGAGUCUCUUUGGCUGCUGCUUCUUGCAACGUUAUUUUAGGUAAUAAUCAUUCUCCACCAAAUAAAACAUUUACAUAUUACAUAUAAAACUACAACUAAACUAAUUUUUGUGACAUUUGAUAAACAUUUAUUGGAAGAUAAUGUCUCAAGAUAAUAAAGAUUAAGUGAUAUGUUGUCUUUUUAUAAUCAAAUUGGGUGGGUCUUCACUAAUCCGCUUAAACAAGUGUUGGGAGUUAGUCAUAAGAAUUGUAAUGUCUUUCGUGUCGAUAAACGUUGACUGAAUUGAGUAUUUAUUCUAAAUGCAAUCUUUAAGCAUGGAAUGAAUUGUUAAAAUUUUUCUAAGAAAAAUAUUUGGUGAAAAUGCAUAGUUGCAGAAAGAGCCUUCAAAACGAAUCCAAACUCAAUAGUUGGCUUGGUUGACUCGAAAAAUCAAGCGAAUUGAACUAAAAUAUGUAUAAAUACAUAAAAGUAGGAAUAAAAUUUUGUGUUUGCUCCAAGAUUUCUUAAUAGUUCUAGUGGAUUCAAUUUUUGUUGAAGAAGGAUUCUCCAAUCCAAGGUGUGUCUUUUGGCCCGUUUUACUAAAAACAGAAAGAAUGUUUUAUUGGAUAAUUUAAUAAGUUAAAGAGGAAUGAGAGGGAAGGUUACGGCGGUAUAAGGGAGCUGGUGGCGGUGGUCUGGCGAUGAUGGUGACACCGGUGUUGGAUGACGCAGAUGUUCGGCGAAUAGGGAGAUCAGAGAUUCCUUUUCAGACCUUCAAUGGCAUCUCAGGCAUGAAUGGUGGCUACCAUGGAGUAGAAACUAGAAACCAUCAUUGAAGACCACGGAGGAGCGCACAGCAGCUGGAGAAGGAGGAGUGAAUUCCUCACCAAUGUUUGGGCUGGGUUAUCUGGCCCAGACAAUGACAAAAAAAAGGAACGAGGGGGUGCGGAAUAACAACUAGGCAGUUUCAAAAUCAGUAAUGAGCAAGGUUAGCCAUCGAUUUCCUGAUUCCUAAUCCAAUCCUGGUUCGCCGUCGCCAUGAGCAACGAUAAUCAGAGGUUGUUGAACCCGAACCCGAAUCCAGAAAGGCUUCUGGCAAUCCCAGUGAAGAAGAGUGAUCCGGUGGAGCUGUACAGGCCGUUACGCAAUUUGGUAGCGAGAAAAUACUCAGAGAGCGAUGCGCAGAAAGUUGAAAGCGUUCUGGAAACCCUCAACAAAUGCCGCAGCGACAUGGUGGAGCGAGGGGGCCUCUCCCUUCCCAUGCAACGUGACUGCCUCAUUCACUACUUCAAAUGUCUUUGCAUGGUUGACCCACUCUUCACCGCUAUCUCUUCCGACUCCGAUUCCGACCCCAUCGUCUUUGUCUGGUACGACGCCUUCAACUCUGAGCAUGAGAAUGGGGUCUCCUCGCAGCGCAACAGCAUCCAAUUGGAGAAGGCUUCUGUUCUCUUCAACCUUGGCGCCGUAUGCAGCCAGAUUGGGGCCUCUUGCGACCUCACCACCCCUCUUGGCCGUCACCUUGCAAUCGACGCCUUCAAUGCCGCCGCCAUCUUCUUCUACAAACUCUGGAAGGUUUUUGCCAAGGACGUCUCCGCCACCCUCGACUUGACUCUCCUCUUCGCCGAGACUCUGUACCGCCUCUCCGGCGCUCAGGCUUUGGAGAUCAGAUUACAGCAACAACUCGAUCACAACAACAACGACACCGCCGCCAGUUCCGCUCUCCAACAACAUCGAAUUGCCGUUACGUUUAGAUUGGUUUCCGAGAAUUAUCAGAUAGCAUAUGAUCUGAUACUACAUGAUUCGGCUGCAACCGAACAUGUCUUCUCAUUUGACCGAACAUGGAUGACUCAUCUUCAUCAGAAAGUGAAAUUCUUUAAGGUGGAGGCUCAUCGGAGGCGAUCAUCCAUCCUACCCAAAUCCCAGCUACCUAAAACAAUCUCAUUGUUCCGUUCCUGUCCUCUUGAUCAUGAUGCGGUAUCUGUCACUGAAAAAUUAGUUAGAGGGAUUUGUUGCUGGAUGUCAUUGGUCCGAUCCUGUCCUCUUGAUCUUGAUGCAGAAUUAGUUAAAAAGAUUUGGAAGCUUAAACACAAGUCUAUACCGAAGCAAGAACGAAUCCCAUACCUUGACCUCCUCCUCUCUGAGUACAGCUCUUUCAAGAUUAUCGAUGAUGGAAAGCUUGUGGCCAACCCUUGGGACAUGCCUCCUCCUUAUCCAACAAAUUUGGAAAUCCUCUCUUCUUCGUCUUUGUCAAUUAUGCUUCCGAUCCCUUUGAAGAAGAGUGAGCCCUUGGACCUCUAUGAGUCCCUUCGCAGUUAUGUUGCCCUUAAAUACUCCGAGAGCGAGGCAGAGAGAGUAGAAGGCCUUUUCAAAAUGGUAGACAAAUUGCGCAGUGAAAUGCAGCGUGAUGACCUCUCUCUACCCGUUCGCCGUGACUGCCUCAUCCACUAUUUGAAAUGCGUUUGCAUGAUUGAGCCUUUGUUCCCCAUGACUACCUCACCCAAUCCACCUAUCUUUGUUUGGUACAAUGCAUUCAACCCACAACAGGACUCUUCUCAGCACAACAUCCAUUUCGAGAAGGCCUCUGUUCUCUUCAACCUGGGAGCCCUCUCCACCCACAUUACUCUCUCCUGCGAUCUCAGCACCGUCCAAGGCUAUCGCCUUGCCAUGGAUGCAUUAUAUGACGCUUCAUAUUGGUUCUUCAUACUGUGGAAGCGUGUGGCUGAGAAGGCAUCUGCCACCAUUGACUUGUCAGUAAACUGUGUCCAGAUGCUGCGCGAGAUGAUAGCUGCUCAGAUUGCCGACUUGACAUGGAAUUGUCCUCAUUCCCAUUCUGAUGGAUCAUCAUUAGCUGGAUAUCUUGUUACUCUGCGUUGUCGGAAAGCUUAUGAUCUGUCGACAUUGGGGCCUUUAGCUGAGAAUUUUGUUCAAUCCUCGAUACCUCAAUUUCUUGAGUCAAAGAUGAAAACCCGCCAUGUUCAAACUGAUCCUAGUGAUGUCACUGAACAAUUUCUUUCUGGGUAUUGUGAGGCUCAAUCCCUGCUUCAAGAUUAAGGAUGGAAAU